GGCCGGUUGUCGGGCCAGGCUCAGUGAGCUCUCCAGGUGCUGCUACUGCUGGGCGAAGGGAGGGCACAAACACACAGGUACAAAGUGUACCACCUCCGAGCCAGGGCUGCUGCAGCUGAUGAAGGCUGGAGUCUAUCGCCGAGGUGACAAUAUUUCAUUCUCAUCAGCUCUGCCAGACUGUCAGCUUCACAUCCCAAAGGAUGAGAGGAGACGAUCCGCUCGCUGGCAUGAGGAACCUGAAACGGUUCAGCGAUAGAGCUACUGCCUGCAAUUUUUUCCUACUUGGGGCUGCAGACUUUCGCGAUCCAAAUGAUCACAUCCUCUCGCAGGAAGACUUCGACGAGAUAACCGACUUCAACGACCUCCCGACCUCACUCUUUGCCUGUAACGUACAUCAGUCUGUUUUUGAAGAAGAACAAGCAAGGGAGAAAUUUGAGGCACUAUUCUUGGCCUAUGAUGACCAUGCCACAUUCCAACUGUUUAAAAGUUUCAGACGUGUACGAAUUAACUUCAGCAAUCCUAAAGUAGCAGCCCGUGCCAGAAUAGAGCUCCAUGAAACAAAGUUCAAUGGGAAAAAGCUAAAACUCUACUUUGCACAGGUUCAAAAUCAAGGUCCAGAUGGAGACAAUCUGCACCUUGCCCCUCCACAGCCAGCAAAACAAUUCCUCAUCUCCCCUCCAGCGUCACCGCCUGUGGGUUGGCAGCAAAUUGAUGAUGCCACACCAAUCAUCAACUAUGAUCUUCUCUAUGCAGUGGCAAAACUAGGACCUGGUGAGAAGUAUGAAUUACAUGCGGGAACUGAAUCAACUCCCAGUGUGGUGGUCCAUGUCUGUGAUAGUGAAACAGAGGAUGAGGAUGAACCGAAGAAUUCUCCAAAACCAAAAAUAAUUCAAACCAGGCGUCCUGAUCUGCCACCAGCAAUGUCUAAUUGAAAAAUCGGUGCACGCUUUCAGUCAAGUAUCAUCUAGUGCUCCCUGCUACAGCUGUACUUUGUUGAAAGGAAGAGUUGUCUGUCAGUCACAGGAGCAUUUGUUUUAAGCCUCAUGUCAUGUUUCUAAUGCCUACCAAAAUAGGAUGGAAGGGGUUACUUUGCGUAUGCCUAUUUGCUACAUACAAAUUAGUAGUUAUGAUCAUAUCACAAAAUAUUCAUUUAUGUUCAAAUGACAUUCAUAAAUCCAGGAGUAAUUGCAAAGCUUGGCAUUAUAAUUCCAUGGUAAAUUACAUCUCACCAUACAGCACCUAGCGUUCUAAAUGAUUUGGUAUAAAUGCUUGAUCCAAUUUUUGAUUAGGCUUAUAGUCUUGAGGCACAUAGUAGAUGUAAUUACAAUGUUCUCUGACUCUGCCAAAAAAUGAAAUAGUUUUACUUUCUUGGUAUUGAAUUGUCAAUUACCUCCUUGGUGAAAAUUCUGUGAGACUAUUGUAGAAAACUCACUGGCACCACUUGGAGAAAGACUAACUUUCGUUUAUUGAUGUGCAGUACAUAAUGUCAGCAUCUUCUAAUGUAAUCUUGUGAAAUGGUAUAACUGUACAUUGUAUUUUAUCACUGUUUUAAUAUUGAUACAAUGUAAUGAUUGAGUUAUAUACAGUAUACUUAUUAAAAAGAGGAAUGAUAAAAUGAGUUUAAAGGCAGAUAGACAAAUAGGUAUGAUCACAGUUAUGAGGAAUCCAGUCUGCACUUAUCUGACCUGGAUGAGUAUCAAUAGAUUGUGUUAUGGUAUCAUUCGCUGCACUGAAGACUCACUGUGCUGCUACAGUACAGAUUUAUACUCUAAUCCGUGCAAGAUGACCUGAUUUCCCAAACAAUGGCACACAUUAUUUUAAAAGAAAUUUCCACAAGUAUAGGAUUCUUUUUUAACUUUUGGACACUGAGUUGUCUAAGUAUCCACUUGGAAAAAUAUGGUUUAUAGAUUACUUCAGAUUGAAAUGAAACACGUUAAUUUCACGGCUUUGGGACAUAGACUCUUGAGGCGUAAUUGAGUGAAUGUAUAAGCCAGACUGAACUCUGCCUGUCAAUGUUUUAAACAAAAUAAAUUAGCCUUCUUCUUGACUCUAAUCUAUUUUGUAAAAUUAAGAAGACAAUUAUCAAAACUUAGAUAAACUGGGUUAGGAAUCAAUAUAACAAUCUAAAUUUUGUGUUUUGAUCAAUAUUUUCAGUUUUCACAUAAUUAAAUGUAGUUUAAUAGUUCGUAACCUAAAUACUAUAAGUAUUUGUUUUUAUCUGGAUAAACAUUUACUUUGCUUUGCUCAGUUAAUCAUAUCUAUCAAGGAUAAUGGAUUAUAUGUAAUGACGACUGUGUUUAAUGUAUAAGUCAGUAUUUCUGUACUCACAAGAAGCAUUGUUCCUGUUGGAUAUCUGCUCAGCUUUUCAAUGCAGCUAGAACACUUUCAUGGGUUUUCUUUUUUAAAAUCACUGAAGGAAAAUGCUUAUGCCGAAAUAUAUUGUGAUUGGAUUGUGUACAAAAUUGUCACAAAUGAAAAUGGUGUUCUAAGGAUACAAACAAAAACUGAGCGAACUCACUAUAGAGAUGUAAGCACUCUAAGUGGAGAAAGAUUUUAAGUUAAAACAGUCAAACUUCAUCACAGCAAAAUAACUAUUUAUAAAUCUGUAUGUUCUAAUCCCAUGAAACUUGAAUAAAGUGAAGCAAUAUUGACUUGCAAUGACAAUAUCGAUUUCCCAUUCAGAUGAGGUGCAAAUUGUCAUUUGAACCCAAUUAUACUCAACUUUGAGAUUUUUGUGAUCUUCAUUAAACUCCAAAUAACCAGGUCUGGAAGGAUUAUUCUGCCAAAGAAAUUUAUUUUGGUUAUCCUUUACAUAGUUCCACGGACCAUGGUUUUAUCUAAGGUCAAAAAUGCUUAAGAACCCUAUCCUCAAAUACAGAUCUACAAAACUAGAGGAUAAAUUAGCUAGAAAUAAGAGAUUUGACUGCUUUUCCAGGUACCUAGAGCUUGUGUGUAUAGUUAGAAUAUAACAUUACGAGUAGUACUAGUAUUGGACAUUGUCUGUGUUAUUACUUGUCUUUGCCACUGAAUGGGUGCUAGUAAUAAUACUUUAUGAAUUAAUUGCCUUAUAUAUGUAUGUCUGGUAUAUAUCUGUUGUUAUUUGGUUUGUGCACGAACUGUGUCUUCUUGUUCAAAAUUGUGGUCUUUGUGACAGAAUUGUACCUGUGCCUUCUCUAAGAUUUUGCAAAAGGCACACAUUCACAACACAACUUAUCUUUAAAAAUCCAUUUAUUCAAAUAUAACCUGUUCUUUAGACACAAGUUGAAAGCUUCUGUGAUUAAAUAGUCAUGAUUAUUGAUCAUAUAAUGCAAUGUUUUCAUUAAAUCUGAUUUUAAAGAUAUUAUUUUUAUUUCUGUAACAUAAAACAUUGUCCUUCAAAA